AUGCUUAUUACAAAUAAUGAAGUCGAUGCAAACGAUAACUCUGAAUAUGGUUUAUUUAUAGUGAACGCUUUAUCCAAAGCAUUGGAAGGAGCAAAACUUUAUCAAUACUUGACUAGAAAGUUUCAAAUGUUUUUUAUUUACUGUAACCGUUUGGUUGUUGAUGGAUUCUCCUAUCAGAUGGUUAUAUACUGCUCGCAUCGUCCUCCUAUUCCGAAGCCUUCAAUCAAGCUGAAGUCAUUCGAUGUUGUACUGUCAUGGCGAUGA